AUGUUUGCUUUUUCUAGAUUAAGCAUUGAAUGCCUAGAGGUUAUGGCCCAGAUGCAUUCAUUUCUAGUCGAAAACACUAAAUCAGAACUAAAUUAUGUAGAUCAAAAUAUUAGCCAAGAAGAUCUUUUGUCAAUUUUUAAUCAAAUAGCAAAUUCUAUUGAAGAUGGCACUGACUUGUUUAGUGAAGAGAAUUCAUUUUCUUUUCUGGAAGAAUUUAUGAAAGAAAACACAGAAGAUGUUUUAGAAGAACUGGAAGAAUUAGUUAAUGAAAAUUCAAUGAAUUUAGAAGUUGGAGACUUUAUAUCUUUAUCUUCUAGGUUGGAACCCAAUGAAUAUACAAGUUUAGAUGAAAAAGUAAUACAUAAAGAUAGAGAUUUUGAUGUAAAUGAUCUGAUUAAUAAUUAG